UGUGACUAUUUUCUUCAGUUAACUCCUGCUACAGGGAUAUGUCCUUCUUGAAAGUCUAAGAGUAAUAAAAGUUCCAUUGGAAAAGUUAGUAAACAACUGUCUUUUUCAGUAACCAGGGAACAAGAUGGACAAUCUAAUAAAUGGAACAAAUGAAGGAUCUACCACCACUGAAUUUGACUAUAAUGAUAUGGCAACACCAUGCCCAGCAAAAGCUGUCCAAAAAUUUGGUUCAAAUAUCCUGCCAAUCCUUUAUUCUUUGGUAUUCAUCUUUGGUCUUUUGGGUAACAUGCUAGUUGUAUUGAUUCUAAUCAAAUAUAAGAAAUUUAAGAGUAUGACUGAUAUAUACCUAUUAAAUUUAGCUAUUUCUGAUUUGCUUUUCAUUUUCUCAAUGCCAUUUCGGAUUCAUUAUGUAGUAGAUGAAUGGGUAUUUGGAGAUGCAAUAUGCAAAAUUAUUUCUGGAAUCUAUUUUUUAAGCUUCUACAGUGGAAGCUUUUUCAUAAUCCUCCUGACUAUUGAUAGGUAUUUAGCAAUAGUUUAUGCAGUGUUUGCAUUAAAAGCCAGAACAGUAUUCUAUGGCAUCAUCACAAGCAUUAUUACCUGGGGCCUAGCAAUUCUAGCCUGUUCACCAGGAAUAAUCUUUCAUAUGGCACAAGAAGAAGCUGGUAGGAUAACAUGCUCUUUUCAUUUUCCUUAUCAAAGUCACUUUGAAUGGAACAUGUUCUUUACACUGGAACUGAACUUCAUAGGCUUGAUUUUUCCAAUGAUGGUUAUGACUUUCUGCUAUGCAUGCAUCAUAAACACUUUGCUAAGAUGCAGAAAUGAGAAGAAGAACAAAGCAGUCAGGCUUAUUUUUAUCAUAAUGAUUGUUUACUUCCUUUUCUGGGCCCCAUACAAUGUUGUUCUUCUGAUCCAGUUGUUCAAAAUGGAUAAGUGCAGCAGGUUAAGUGGUAUUGGUUUAGCAAUUCAAAUGACCGAAGCACUUGCAAUAGCUCAUUGCUGUAUCAAUCCUGUGAUCUAUGCUUUUGCUGGUGAGAAAUUUAGAAAAUAUACUAUUACCUUUUUCCGAAAACAUGGUGGUCACCAUCUUUCAAAAUACUGUAUCUUUCUGUACCGAGAACCUUUGGAACGGGCCAGUUCCACGUACUCUCAUUCUACUGGAGAGCAAGACAUUUCAGCAGUCUUAUAAAGCAUAUAUUUAGGGGGGAAAUUGAGUGUUUAUUAUUGGUGCAUUUUUAUGGACCUUUGCAAUACAGAUAGUCCUCAACUUAUGACCACAAU